CUCAAUUAUGGUAAAUCACAGCUUGAACAUGUUGCUUUGCAUGUAAUAAGUUUAUCUCACAUAUUAGUUUCACCUUUAAGUUUCAUUACUGAAAUCAAUAAAGUUUUGCACGAUAUUCUAUUUUUUUCGAGUGUCACCUGUACCCUGAGAUAGAGAGCGAUCAUUAACUAAAAGUGCCUCCCAGCCAAAUUUUAUUUGUCUGCGUGUUUCUAGAGUCAAACUUUGAAAGUUUCAACGCUUGUUACUUUCUAGAACCAGAGCUGUCAGAGUCAGAACCGGUCCAGGUGAAUUGCAGGAUAAAGCUACUUUAGAUGACAUUCUGUCCUUGAUCUCCUCUCACAACCCUGAGCUGGUCCACUGAGAGCAUCAAUGAGGUUCUGCCACCUCCAACCUGUGCUGCCUGGUCCGGCCCGGCCCAGCCCGGCCCAACCAGAAUCAGAUAAAGCUGUAUGUUGACUUUGUUGUGUUAUAAACAACAUGUAAUUACACACUUAACAUAGAGGCAAAUGUGAAUCCUUGUGAAACUCUUUCAUCAUUUGACUGUCAAACUGAUUCCAGGUCAGAUCAGGAAUCAACAAGGCAAUCACCCUGUAACUAAAUGGUGCUGUCCACCGCCCACUACUGUAACAUACUGAUAAUACUGCUCAUUCUGGGGCUUCGGUCAAACUGCAGAAUCUCCCAGAACCAGCAGAAAAGAGUGUGGAGUUCAGACGUCAGCCUUCAGUCACUGCUCUGGGGCUUAUGCAAACUGCUUCCAAAUCAGCAGGCUUUGACUGACAAAUGUGAGUUUUCAUACAUGAAGGACAGAAGCAGGACGUGAUUCAGGGAACAGUCGACGGCCGAGAGCGAAGGCGAGCAGAUUGUGGCUCCAGGGUUCAGACGAUCGGGUGCCACCAUGUGUCCGGUGCUGCUGCUGCUCUUGGCUGCGUUCGGUCCAGAGUCACAGUUCGCAGCUGCUCUUCCUGAAAACAGCACUGGUCAGAGAUUCUUUGUUGUUUAUCCAGAAAACAUUGCGUAUUAUCAUCCCACCCCCCCCCAGAACCGGGUCAGGAUCACUGCUCUGUUUAACAACACCGUGGUCGGCAUCAGACAGUACACGUACAACUACACGGAGUACACCCUGAACUCUGGAGAGUCCAACGAGUACGCUGUGGAUGCGCGUCUGGAGCUGACCAGGUCCAACAUCUCCAACGGCACUCUGCAGAUCACCAGCACCAGCGCCAUCACCGUCCAGGCCAUCAGCGUGAGGAACGGCAGCAUGCAGACGGCGCUGGUCAUUCCUGCCGACAGGCUGGGAACCAGCUACCGCCCCCCGCCCAUCCCCAACAUCCCAGGAACCACCGACGUUGACCUUAGCCUCUAUGUGACAGAACGGGCCCCCUUCAGGCUCAUGAUACUCAACGCGGACCGAGCCAACACGGUGACUGUUGCCGGGGCGACGACCCAGGUGCUGCAGCUUCAGCCCAACCAGACGGCUCAGGUGUGGCUGCAGCCGGACGCCCUGCCGACCGUGACGGCCGAGCUGCCGGUGAGCGUCGCUUUCGGCCACAGCUGCGCCAUGAGGGACAACUGCACCUGUGGCCUCCUCUACACGCCGCUGCUGCCCGUCCCAGGUGGGAACCAGGACUUCCCGGUACCGCCUUCUGGGUCAGCCUACGAUACGUCUUUGCUCUUGUCGGGUCCAAGCUCCGUGGUUCCCCUGGAUCCAAACUCGCUGCGGGUCCGGUCGUCCGGCUCGGUCGUCCUCUACCUUCCGGGCCUGCUCCUCCCUCUGACGGCAGAGUCCAGCUUCGGCUCCUGCUUCGUCGUGAACCGCAUUAAUGACACGCAGACCUUCGCUGUGGUUCUGGUCGACAAGGAUCACACUGACGGCGUCCACGCUGGGAAGGCCGCUCUGCCGAAUCCACAGUGGGCCGCGCUGCCGGGGACCGACUACGUCUGGACAAGGUUUGAGGUGUUGAACACAUGCUUCAUCUGGCACAGUUCCCUCACCAUGGCUGUCUACUUUGGCGGAACCAACGGAAACGGUUCCCUGUUUGGGAACCCAGCACCAGUCAUCAGUACCUUCCCAGAUUACAGGGGCUGCGUCUUGACUCCAGAGGUUCUUCUGAUUGGGGAACAGGCGAUGGGCUGGCCGGAAUCUGUGCAGUACUGCAGGAACCGGACCCUUGAGCUGAUCAGUAUCUCCAGCACCCCGUUCCAGGCGCAGACCUACCAAAACAUCCUACAGACCAAGAGCAGCAGCGUUCAGGACAUGUGGAUCGGCCUGCGUCGGAGCUCCCAGACCGGGGACUGGUACUGGCUCAACACGGAUCCAGUUACGGACACUGACUGGGAUGUGGGGGAACCGGGUGACGUGGACGCGGGCCAGUGCACCAUGAUGAGUCUGAACGGCACCAGUUUCCCUUGGAGUGACGAGGACUGCUGUCAGCCCGCGUUUCCCAUCUGUUAUGGCAAACCGGUCCUGUUGCAGCCUACGGUGCUGGUUUAGACCCAGCCCCACCCUUAGAAAUAAUAGUGCAAAUAUGAUUGAAUUCCAGUAACAACACAAAUGAGCUUAAACUGAGAUUAGUUUAUUGAAAUGCUUAGAAUUGGAACAAACAGAAGUUCAUUAUGGCAGAAAUUCACAGGCAGCAGAGAAAUCUCUGAUCUGCAGCUUUUAGUGGGUUGGGCCCACAGAACCACUGAGGUUCUGAACAACAACUGGCCUAAUUGAGACAGACUGUGUUUGACGUUAGUUGCAUAGAAACAUGUUUGCAGGAGACCAAUGGUGGAACAUUAGAGUAGAAGGAUGUUGGUGUCUGAACCAUUAAAGCUACUGGAACUAAA